GAUGACUGUCUGUGUCUUCCUUAUCCUUGCUCAAUAGAUGCUCAUAGUAUAGUCAUCAAAAGGCCUUCCCUGUGCGCGUCAAAUAUUCGCUAUUGCAUAUAUGUGCAGUGGAUCGUUCGCUGUUGGUGGUCAUCUGACAAGAUACGAUGUCCGGUAUCCUUAUUGACAGCAUCAUCACCUUCGUGAUAUAAGCCCCCGAUAUUAACCACACCAGUGGACGCAUGUUACUUCAAACCAAGCUUCCCCGUCUAGAAGUCUCUGAAUAUCAUGAACAAGACACUCCAAGAUCUUUGGAGCCUACGCGCAACUUACACGCAGGCUCAGCUUCAGGCAAUUGAUUCAAUGGUUGGAGAUCACGCCACCAUGUUCCCACACAGAGCAUUCUGAACAUCGUCUAAUGCUAGUCACUCCCACGACAUGACAGGCCUCAUUGUAGAGCUCGGCCUGAAAGUCAUACGAUCGAGAUUUCGUGCAUAUAAACAAUGAAGCGAUGGUUCAGCUCUAUCCGGUACCCCACGUCUAGCAGUCAUGUCGUUGUCGUUGACUGUCGUUGUGCUGGUAGUUGUGUUUAUUGGGCUGGUACAGCGCCUUUGGAGAAUUGGCUCUCGAGAGCAAGGCCUGCCUCCCGGUCCGCCUACCCUUCCCUUGCUGGGAAAUCUACUUGUCUUCCCGCGGACCCGCGCGCAUUUGAAGUUUACCGAGUGGGCUCGGAGCUAUGGUGACAUAUAUUCGCUCAAGAUCGGUUCAGGGACCGCCAUCGUGGUGUCCAGCCCAAAGAUGGCUCGCGAAUGUUUCGAGCUGCACGGAGCAACAACUUCCGACCGCCCUGUCUUACAUGUUGCAGAGCUGGUGUAUAAAGGGCUGGAAAUGCCUUUAGCACGAUACGGCCCCCACUGGAGGAACCUAAGACGCGCAGCGCAUGAUCUAUUGAAUAAGGAAGCAUGCUUGUCUCAUCUUCCUAUUCAACGCGCGGAAGCAAGCCAGCUUAUGUACGACGUCCUACAACAACCUCAGCACUUAUACGGACAUAUCCGCCGAUAUGCAGCUUCAGUUGCCCUCUCCGUAAUCUUCGGGAUCCACUGCUCUACCUACGACAAUCCUGUAAUCGAAGAGUUCUAUGAAUGUCAACGUAAAUGGGAACAUAUCCUUAGACCUGGCGGCCACCCACCCGUCGACAUUUUCCCCAUCUUGAAGUACAUCCCUGAACGGUGGGCAUCGUGGAAAGGAUUAUGCAGAGAGGUGCGAUCUAGGCAACGAAAGCUCUACUUUACAUUGUUGCAGAACUGUAUCGACCGCAUCAAGUUGGAUAGGCGCAACAACUCGUUCAUAGAAUACGUGCUAGAACACGAAGAUCAUUAUGGGCUUACGCGCGAAAUGACUGGUUAUCUUGGCCUUUCCUUGAUGGAGGGUGGCGCAGAUACUACUGCUAUAUACUUGCAGUUCUUCUUGGUUCUCAUGCUUGCACACCCAGACGUCAAGGCCCGAGCUCAAAAGGAAAUUGACGACGUAAUAGGGGAUGGUCGGAGUCCAGACCUUGAAGAUAUUGAACAUUUGCCAUACAUUAGAGCUCUCAUCAACGAGGUCCACCGAUGCCGUCCCGCCGCCCCGACAUCGAUACCUCAUGCUGCAACAACGGAUGAGAGAAUUGGUGGAUUCUUCAUACCGAAGGGGUCAAUGAUCUUCAUGAACAUAUGGGGUAUUGGAAGGGAUCCAGACCUUUUUGAGGAACCCGAAAGAUUUUGGCCAGAAAGAUUUCUAAAUUCAGAGCACGGGACCAAGCCAGAAGUCGACACUACAGGAUGUAGGUCCGAAAUACCGAUGUCAUUCGGAGGAGGGAGACGAAUUUGCCCUGGGUUCAACCUUGCAUACAAUUCUAUCGCAAUGAAUGUCAUGAACAUCCUCUGGGCCUUUGAUAUCAAUCUGCCCAAAGAUCCAGCGACAGGAAAGCCGAUCGUGCCAGACGAAGACGAUACCACUGACGGCAUAUUAUUGACUCCCAAGCCAUUCAAAUAUGAUAUCACCCCGCGAAGCGAAGCCAGGGGAGACAUCAUCAGGACGCAAUUCGGAGCAGCCAAGCCUACAUUUGAACUCUUUGACAGCGCCGACUUGAAAGCGUGAUACAAUUUGGAGUGGGCCGCGCGCCGAUGAAAUAAUAAUCUAUCCGCUGGUUGUCAAGUCUGUGUUUUGUUCAAAAUCAGAUCCUUGGGAGGCUUCGGUCAUGAGUGAUGUAGAUGUUAUA